UGAAACUUAUUGCUAUUACAACGAUCCUUACGUAUCUUUUUUGGUUUGGGAACUGUGACCAAGGGAAGAAAGCAGAUUGGGCAAGAAAUUCUUACGAAAACUGGAAAAUACUUGAUGACAAAAAUGAGUCAUUAAAUAUAACAAGCUCUAACAUUCUUGCUUUCAGGGUUGAUGAAGCAAAAGAACAUUUGAUUGUCAUGUAUGAAAUUACGGAAGGUGUGCCAGAUGGGCCAGAUCAAAACUAUGUGUUGAUCCAAUACCGUAAAACCUCGUACAAAUUUGCUGAAAAUACUAGCUAUGAUAACUUCGAUGUCAAUGAAGUGAAAGGUAUGGCAUACUUUUACAGCGCUGCCAGAUUCCCAGAUGAUAAAUGUGAUCUCAGGAUAUACUGCAUCAACUAUACUGACACUACACAGAAGGAAAUUAAAGUUUAUAAUAUAACAGAUAUGGGACCCAAGUUAAUAGCACCUGUUUUGGAAGGUUGAAAGCGAUUGAUGAGACAAAUAAGGUAGUUUUUACAGCAAAGGAUACUGAUUUCAUGAAGUAUAUCUGCCUUUUCACCGAAGAAAAUACAGAAGGGAAUCUAACUGCUAAAAUUAAUUGUAUUAAGCUUAGAAAAGCAGCAUGGAGCGAGACCUUUAUUCCUUAUGGAAACAUUGUUAAAAAUACAAAAGUUCUAUUUUCAAAGAAGGCACAUGAUCAUAGGAUUACUAUGCAAGCCAUUGAUUUUGAUAAUGUAAAUGAAGUCUCUUUUUGGAUCGACACUCCAGAAUUUCUGGGUAUUAAUAUGACAAUCAGUGAUGGCCAUUAUUAUCAGUAUGGUGAAAGUGAUCAGGUUGGAUACUUUUACUUCUUUGCGUGCUUUGGACAAAGAUUAGUAUUAUAUAAAUUCUUUGCAUUUGAGAAUGCACUUCAUCUUGGAAACGAAACCUUCCAGAUGCAUUUGAGCGAUCCUCUGACUAAAAUAACCUUCAUCAAUACUAUAAAAGAUACAGUGUACUCAUUGUUUUCCUACAAACAGACUGAUGAAGUAACUGGUUUACCAGAAGAGGUAACCUAUCUAACCAGUUUUAAUAUUAAAGAGAACAGAACACUUGCUUAUAAAGUGAAAACAGAGAAGAAUCGAAUUCCUCUAUUUCUGAGUGGCAAACUAGUUCAUAUUGCAGUAAAGGAUUUAAGUAAACAAGCCACUGAGAAGGAAAUCUAUUACGUCAAGUCAACUGUUUUUCUUGAAAGUGCAAAUAUUGCGGUUGGGAUAGAAUUUAAACCAAGGGUCAUAUUUACUUGGCAAAAGGAUAAUAAUGUUACUCUCAAUGUUGAUUUGAAUAAUCCUUAUUUCGUAAUUGAUGAAUUUUCAGUCACUGGUAAGCAAAUACCUCCAAUCACGUUCACUUAUAUAAACACGAGUUAUGGACAAGUUAAUUUGACUAAAAAUCUGACUCUUAAGCCAGCCUACAUCUCAAUUCAAAAUGGGGAUACAUUUAGUGUCGAUGUUACUAGAGGUCUAAAUAUUUCGGAAAAUGUAAAGCUUUGAGAGAAAAAGUACAAACCGAAAAGAGAGAAGAAUUGAGACCAAUUUGAUUGAAAAUAUUAUAAGAAUAAAAAGACCAACAAUUUAAAAUGAUCAUCCAAAAUAAUCCUUGAGUCUCCAAAUGAUUUCAGAACAUACUUUGAUAAUGAAUUGGCAAAUGUUACAGAAUUAUUUUAGAAAAAUAUUGAUUCGCAAAAGUAUUAUCAGCCUGUGAUUAUUAAGCAGA